UAUAUUCACAUUCUGAUCUCACCAGCAGCUAAGUUUCCAAGAAGCGGCCGUUUUUGUUCAAACCAAGAGGAACCAUACUGGUUUUUGUUUGACAAUUUGAAGUCUCUGCUUGGUAUAAUCACUGAAUAUUCCCCGUAUUCUAAGCUGCCCGACAAAUUUUUUCUAUCCAUUAAUAUUACAAGGGGAGGACUUGGGGACUAGGAGCUUGCAAACAGCUCGAGAAGAUCACAAUCCAAGAUGGGUUCUCGUUCUUUUUCUUGUUCUUGCUUGUUUCUUGUUGUUCUUGGUUUGGUUUUGAAUGUGGCAGUGUUGUGUAAUGGGGGCAAAACCAGCAGCUUCGUUAGGCCAGUGGAGAAAACUAUUGAUAUGCCUCUUGAUAGCGACGUUUUCCGAGUCCCUCCUGGCUACAAUGCUCCUCAACAGGUUCACAUAACACAAGGAGAUCAUGAUGGGAAGGCAGUGAUAGUUUCAUGGGUCACUGAAGAUGAGCCUGGUUCAAACUCGGUGAUUUACUGGAGUGAAAAUAGCUCACUAAAGAAAGAGGCUAAAGGGCAACAUUAUACAUAUAAAUUCUACAAUUACACCUCUGGUUACAUUCAUCACUGCAACAUCAGAAACUUGGAGUAUAACACCAAAUACUACUAUGUAGUUGGGAUUGGUAACACUACAAGGCAAUUCUGGUUUAUAACUCCACCUGCAGUUGGCCCUGAUGUACCCUAUACAUUUGGUCUCAUAGGGGAUCUUGGUCAGAGUUUUGAUUCAAACAAAACAUUGACUCACUAUGAAAUGAACCCACAAAAAGGACAGACUGUUUUGUUUGUUGGAGACCUAUCUUAUGCAGAUAACUACCCAAAUCAUGACAAUGUGAGGUGGGACACAUGGGGAAGGUUUACAGAGAGAAGUGCUGCUUAUCAACCUUGGAUAUGGACUGCAGGAAAUCACGAGAUUGAUUUUGCUCCUGAGAUUGGCGAAACAAGACCAUUUAAGCCUUACACUAACCGCUAUCAUGUCCCAUAUAGGGCAUCAGGGAGUACUGCUCCAUUUUGGUACUCAAUCAAGAGAGCUUCAGCAUAUAUUAUUGUAUUGUCUUCAUAUUCAGCAUAUGGUAAAUACACUCCUCAGUAUAAAUGGCUUGAAGCAGAGCUGCCAAAAGUUAACAGAACUGAAACACCAUGGUUGAUUGUUCUUAUGCAUUCCCCAUGGUAUAACAGCUACAACUAUCAUUACAUGGAAGGAGAGACCAUGAGAGUUAUGUACGAGCCAUGGUUUGUUAAGUACAAAGUUGAUGUCGUCUUUGCUGGCCAUGUUCAUGCCUAUGAACGAUCUGAACGCAUAUCUAAUGUCGACUACAACAUUGUGAAUGGGAAGUGCACUCCAAUAGCAGAUCAAACUGCCCCGGUAUACAUUACAAUCGGCGAUGGAGGAAAUCUUGAAGGCUUGGCUACCAACAUGACUGAACCACAGCCAGCGUACUCAGCGUACCGAGAGGCGAGUUUUGGUCACGCCAUUUUCGAUAUUAAAAACCGAACCCAUGCUUACUACAGUUGGCACCGUAAUCAGGAUGGAUAUGCUGUAGAAGCUGAUUCUAUGUGGUUUUACAACAGACACUGGCACCCAGUAGAUGAUUCUACAAGUGCCCAAACAAAGUGAAGAAAAUAAAUUUUUUUUUUUUCCUGAACUUUGAGGAAUAAUUAGCCAUGUCAAAGUUGGCCAUACUACAAAACCUCUCUCUUCAACCUUUGUUUUUAGCCUCAUUGCCUUUUCUGAAUUUGUUUGGUCAAUCUUCUACAAUCUGAAAUGCAUAUUGUAUCACAAUGAGUCGGAGGUUUUCUUCUACUCUGUAACUGUUUCCAUGUGAUAUGAAAUCUGUUUUCUUA